UGCUACGAGUUUUUCAGAGCAUCGGUUUGCAGAAUUCUUACAUUUUGAUCUCCCGAAUUCAGUAGUAGAAUACCGACUUUCAUCUGCGUUGUUUGUCUCCCUUGAAACGUUUCUUGUUCCUCAAGCUUGGCGUCCUCUUUGAUUCCCUUCUUCGACAACAACAAUUUCUUGUUAGAUUGCAUACUCUGUUCAUUGUUUUGCGUUCGUUGUUUCUUCUUCUUAUUCUUCUACUUCACAGGUGAUAAGCAUGAAGAUAGAUUUGAGUGGUCUUGAAUCAGCCUUUCCGCUGUUUGGGGGAGGCAAUGAACUUAGCGAUGGAUUCUCAGCGGCCCCUUCAUUUGAGCUUCCUUGUUCUACUGAUUUUGAUGGCUUUCAGAAAGAAGCCAAACAAACGCUGAAGCCAGCAAAAGGGACAACAACACUUGCUUUCAUAUUUAAGGAAGGAGUUAUGGUUGCUGCUGAUUCUAGAGCUAGCAUGGGAGGAUAUAUCUCAUCACAAUCUGUUAAGAAAAUUAUUGAAAUCAAUCCUUACAUGCUUGGUACAAUGGCGGGAGGAGCUGCUGAUUGCCAAUUUUGGCAUAGAAACUUGGGCAUCAAGUGCCGAUUACAUGAGCUGGCAAACAAGAGAAGGAUUUCAGUCACAGGGGCUUCAAAGCUGUUGGCAAACAUUCUGUACUCAUAUCGUGGAAUGGGUCUGUCUGUUGGGACCAUGAUUGCUGGAUGGGAUGAGACGGGUCCUGGAUUGUAUUAUGUGGACAGUGAAGGGGGAAGACUGAAAGGAACACGGUUUUCAGUUGGAUCUGGUUCACCAUAUGCUUAUGGUGUAUUGGAUAAUGGAUACCGUUACGAUAUGUCAAUAGAAGAAGCUGCUGAAUUGGCUCGCCGAGCUAUUUAUCACGCAACGUUCCGUGAUGGAGCUAGUGGUGGAGUUGCCAGUGUUUAUUAUGUGGGACCAAAUGGAUGGAAGAAGCUAUCCGGUGAUGAUGUUGGGGAACUCCACUUUAAAUACUACCCAGUCAGCCCAGGCACUGUGGAACAGGAAAUGGUGGAGGUGACUGGAGCUUGAGCAUGUUUGCCUGUGGAGUCCUUUUUUUUUGGUAAUUCCAGUGGAGAUCUCAGUCAAAGCAUCUUUUGCUAGAUAUAUUUGGUAAAAAGAUGUAUGGGUUCUCUUAUUUGCUUUCAAGACAAGAGCUCCUUGGUCCAUCUGGGUUCUCCAGUUACACUAUUUCAAGAUACCUGAGAUUUCAGUAAAUGCCCAUAGUUUGCACUUGAUUAUCAAUGAAUUCCAUCUCUGUUAACUUGCCGUUCAAAUGUAUUGUCUUCUGUAUUAUCUACUCUUAUUCUUGUCAUCAGUCCAAACAUUUCCCAAUGCUUCA